AAACCAACCGGGGACAUAGAUUCUGAAAUGAGCAGCAUUUAUAUUUGUCAUUUUUUACUGUUCUUCUCAGUACUUUGUGCUGCAUUUUCUGUUAAUUUUGGAGAUGAUACAACUGAUUCCUACUGGCUCCUAAGAACAAAAUCAGAAUUUGUUGAUCCAGUUGGAGUUCUAGACAACUGGUCUCCAAGAACUAGUUUAUGUACCUGGUAUGGAGUGACAUGUUCAGAUGAUCAAACCCAUGUUAUGGGUCUGAAUCUAUCUGGAUCAGGACUAUCAGGUGCAAUCUCCCCCGAGUUCUCGCGCCUCACUUCACUUCAGACAUUCGAUUUAUCUUCGAAUUUCCUCUCUGGCUUGAUACCUCCUGAGCUUGGACAGCUUCAGAAUCUGAGAGAACUCCUCCUCUAUUCAAAUUCUCUCUCUAGCAACGUUCCUGCAGAGAUUGGUCUUCUGAAGAAUUUGCAAGUCCUUAGAAUAGGAGAUAACAUGUUAACUGGCCAAGUUAACGCGAAUGUUGGAAACUUGACUGAAUUGAGAGUAUUGGGUCUAGCUUAUUGCCAACUAAAUGGAAGUAUUCCAGCUGAGAUUGGUAACUUGAAGCAUCUACAAUCUCUUGACUUGCAGAAGAACAGUCUCAGUGGCCUUAUACCACAAGAAAUCAGUGGAUGCAUAGAGCUUCAGAACUUCGCAGCAUCAAACAACAGGCUGGAAGGUCGAAUUCCUGCUUCAAUAGGAAAGCUUGAAUCACUUCAAAUCCUGAACUUAGCCAACAACAGCCUUUCUGGCUCGAUUCCUAUCGAGUUGGGUUUCCUCUCCAACUUGAAGUACUUGAACUUGGCUGGGAAUAGGUUGAAUGGUGAAAUCCCUUCAGAGCUUAAUCAAUUGGUUCAGCUUGAGAGGCUUGACUUAUCAAAAAAUAGCCUCUCGGGAACAAUAAACAUCGUCAAUACUCAUCUGAAGAAUAUCGAGGUUCUAGUUCUAUCUGAUAAUUCUUUAACAGGAAGCACUCCCAGGGACCUCUGCAUUCCCAAUUCAAGUCUGCACCAACUUUUUUUGGCUCGAAACAAUCUCUCUGGCAACUUCCCAUUGGGGUUACUGAAUUGCUCGUGGCUCCAAGAAUUAGACCUCUCUGAUAACAACUUUGUAGGAGUACUACCAUCAGGCCUUGACAAGCUAGAGAACCUCACAGAUCUCCUGCUCAACAACAACAGCUUUUCCGGAACUAUACCUCUUGAGAUCGGAAACAUGAGUAACUUGAUGACUUUUUAUCUGUUUGGCAACAUGAUCACAGGAAGAAGUAUCCCGGUUGAAAUUGGGAAGCUACAGAGGCUAAGCGUUCUGUAUCUCUACGACAACCAGAUCUCAGGGACUAUUCCUAGAGAGCUAACAAAUUGCUCGAGCUUAACAGCGAUUGAUUUCUUUGGAAACCAUUUGAAAGGUUCUAUUCCUGCAACAAUUGGGAAGCUCAAGAAUCUAGUUUUUCUUCUAUUGAGACAGAAUGAGUUAUCAGGUUCAAUACCCCCAAGCUUGGGGUACUGCACAAAGCUUCAAAAUUUGGUCUUGGCUGAUAACCGACUCUCGGGUACAUUGCCACCAACAUUCAGGUUCCUCUCAGAGCUGUUCUUGAUCACUCUUUAUAACAACUCAUUUGAAGGUCCUCUUCCUGAAUCAAUCUCCCUCCUGAAAAACCUUAGCAUCAUUAAUUUUUCUCACAACAGAUUUAGUGGAAGCGUCUUUCCACUCUCUGGUUCAAAUUCUCUCUCCAGAUUAGACUUGACAAACAACAGUUUCUCCGGUCCCAUUCCUUCUGAACUAGCCAUGUCAAGAAACCUGACCCGUCUCCGCCUUGCUUACAAUUUUCUCAAUGGUCCCAUUCCUCCUGAAUUAGGCAAAUUAACAGAACUCAACUUUCUUGAUUUGUCAUUCAACAAUUUCACAGGAGAGCUGGCACCUGAGCUCUCAAACUGUAGAAAACUCGGCCACCUCCUUCUCAAAAAUAACCGAUUUUCAGGCACAGUUCCUCCAUGGCUAGGGAGCUUACGAGAACUCGGUGAGCUUGAUCUUUCGUACAAUAUUUUCAAUGGAACAGUACCAACAGAACUUGGGAACUGUUCAAGAUUACUUAAGCUCUCUCUGGAUAGUAACUACCUAUCAGGUGACAUCCCCCCAGAGCUUGGAAAUCUAAAUUCUUUGAAUGUUCUAAACCUUCAAAGAAAUAACUUAUCUGGGUCAAUUCCUUUAACAUUUCAGCAGUGUAAGAAGCUCUAUGAGCUGAGGCUUUCCCAGAACUUACUGAAUGGCUCGAUACCCCCCGGGUUAGGUACACUUUCUGAGUUGCAAGUGAUCUUGGACCUCAGUGAAAAUCUUCUUUCUGGUGAAAUUCCAUGGUCUCUUGGCAAUGUGGUGAAGUUGGAGAGAUUGAACCUCUCAUUCAAUCAACUCACAGGGGAAAUUCCACAGUCACUUGGAAAACUUUCCAGUCUCCACAGGCUAAACCUGUCAAACAAUCAUCUCCAUGGCCAACUUCCUCCAACUUUUUCAGGAUUCCCACUAAGCUCUUUCUUGGGAAACGAAAAGCUAUGUGGCCCACCUUUGAUACCAUGUUCGGAAUCGAAGGGGCAGGAGAGAAAGUGGCUAUCAAAUACUGCAGUUGCAUGGAUUAUAGUGGCCAUUGUGUUUACAUCUACAAUGAUAUGCUUGGUUUUGAUUUAUAUCAUGCUGAGAAUCUGGUGUACUUGGAGGAAGAUCUCAAUUUCAAGCUCGGACAAUGAAGAUCUUGGGAAUAAUAGAGGAGAGGAGAAAUGGGAUUUUGAAGAUGAGGUAAGGAAUUGUGAUGACUGGAACAUGAACACCAUGGCACUGGUACCUUCACAAGACAAACAGAUUUUUGCAUUUUCCUGCUCAAAAUGA